UGAAGACGAUGAGGAUAAAGAUGUAGUUUCAUCUGAUGACAACGAUGGUUCGGAAAUGGAGGGUAUAGAGAAUUUUGAGUCUGCACAGGAAAUAAAUGAAUCCGGAAAUACUGAUAAUAGUGAACAAGAGGAUGAAGAAUCUGAUGAUGAAAAAAUGGUGGAAGAUAAUGCGAAAAUAUCAAAUCAUAAAAAACAAGAUGUUUCAAAAGCACGACAGAUAGAAUCGUCUUAUCAAGAACAGAAAAUGGUUAAAGACCCUGAACCAAUACCACUGUUAUCACGUCCGAAUGCUGCAAGUCAGUUUCGUAAUUAUUAUAUGUCUCAAAUUACUAAAGCAUUUGGCGAGGAUUUAGAUAGAAUGCGAAAGGACCAAAAUCUUGAUCCUAAUCGAUUAGAAAUAUUAAUUGAUUCAUUAGAAUCGGGUAUUAGUAUUUUUUCGGACGUUGAAAAAGAGUUGGCUUUAUUAUCUCAUAAUAAUAAAUAA